CGUUGGAGUCCCAAGCGUCGAUAGAUUGUAUCGUCCUGUUUACGUCACAUGGGCUGCUCGCUUAUUAGCCACUGCCAUAGUAUCAAUAAAGGCCUACAAAAGUGUUUUUCUUUAGGAACUAAUUAAAAUGCGAACGGAAACGGAACACCUGCAACCACAGGGCUCAAAUCUCCGCCACCCGAGACUCUUGCGCAAGCAGGAUUGUUUUUCACAUCCUUCGGUAUAAAUCGAGACAUAAUUGAGCACUAAUCAUAGUUCACAGGACAGUCAUCAAGCCAGCGCCAUGAUUCAAAAGGUCGCAGUACUUUCAGCUUUAAUCAUCUCAGCCAGCUGCAUGUACAUCCACCAGUCUCCCUUACCUCUUACCAUCGGUAUCCAACACUCAUACCCAUCCCAUGACUCUCCAUCUUACGACUACUCCUACGCCGUCAACGACAGACACACGGGUGAUGUAAAAAGCCAACAUGAAAGCAGGAGAGCUGACACUGUCGUCGGACAGUACUCCCUCAUCCAACCUGAUGGGCUGAGAAGGACUGUUGACUAUAGAGCUGAUGAUCAUACCGGGUUUAACGCUGAUGUUAGGACUGAAGUUGGCCAUAUUGGAAAUCUAGCUACUGAGUUGCCAGCUGUUUCGAGGAGUUCUUUGGUGCUGCAUGUUCCUAAUCAGAACCACGGUCCUUCGUGGAUGUAAAUUGCUGAAGUGAUCUGAACGAAUACUGUAUAGAAAGGGUCAUCAAAUGGCGGACUCCGGUCCGGAUCCGAUCACCGACCUAUUUAAUUUUUUUGCUCAUUUAUAAAACUCAAGUAGAUCGGACCACGAUGACCAUUUUAUUUUUAAAACCAGAUCCCUGAAGACACUAAUUGGUGACCCCCUGCUCUAUAGCGACUACACUCAUGAUUAAUGAUUCGAAGGUUAGCACUGAAGCCUGAGAUAUGUAUUUGUAUCACUUUUUUGUACUUUUUUUUUCAUGUAUAUGUUGCUACAAAUAAUGUAUAGAAAACUUUCUUCGAUUUUUUUUUAUCAUGCGAAUGUACAGAUGUAUUUGUAUGUAAAAUCUAGACUAUUUUAUUUGCAUUUAACGUAAUACUGCCUUGAAAACAGACUUGUAUUUAGUAUGUAGAUAGAAUAACUAGAGAUAAUUGGUGACCGGUCCAGCUAACCUUGGUAUCUAGGUACGAAUAGUACGAGGGAAAUUGCCUGAGUAAUGCUUAAGAAAUGCAAUACCGGUACCAUGACAUAACUAAGGUUUUAUAAGUCCUGUAAUCAGUCAUCACAAUGUGUUAAGUAAAUUAUUGCAAUUA